AUGUCACACAGCACUAUGCACGCGACCUCACAUGAGCACCGCGGCUCUGCGGCAUCAACUGUCCUGCAAGAGUCUGCAUACGGAAGCGAUAAGAAGGCCGGCGUGAUACACGUUCAUCCUCAAUUUCCGACUGAGGAAUAUCACCAUACCACCAGGCAGCCCUCCACAGGGUACAAGCUUGUCAGUGCGUGGUGGAGUCUGGAGCUGGCAUCCACCGCCAUCUGUGUUGGCUUCUUUGCAACAUACUGGUGGCUUCUCGAACAUUAUGACGACAAGCCUGUGAGCAAGUGGAAAGGCCCACAGGCUCGGCUAUCCCCACUCAAGAACCUUCCAGCCGCUGCUGCAAUAGUUAUGACUGCAUUCAGGGUCUUUCUGAGCUAUCCCAUUGCAGCAUCGAUGGGCCAGUUGAAAUGGCAUCACUUCGGACGACCGUGGCCCAGACCAGUUGCAGAUCUGCAGGCUUUUGACGCAGCAUCUCGAGGCACUUUUGGGUCUGCCAGACUACUCUUCUCUAAAAAUAUCUUCCACUCUAUACACAUUUCCCUUGGCUGUGUUCUGAUCCUCGGAACUCAGGGGUUACAGACUUUGGGGCAGAGCGCUAUCACUCAACACGCCGGAACUUACUGGGAAAAGGAAAUGCCCGGUGUUUUGAACGCAAGAAUUCCAUUCUGCAAACUAUACAACAUCUCAGAGACGCACGACAUAGAUCGGAACGGCAUAAACGGAACGAAUCAGCAAGCCUCAGACGCAGACCCACGCACUCGUGCGGCCCUCCUUUCUGCUUGGUCACGCAUCUUGAAGCCAAAGGCCAUAGACCAUCAAGUCACCACUAUACCGGCUGAUUGCUCAACGAAGAGAUGCCAAUGGAAAGAUGUUACUACGAUCGCUGUCGAUUACCAGUGUGCCAAUGCGUCAGCUGUUAUCAACGCCGAAGGUUUCGCGUUUUCCAGUCAGGCCAAUAUCACCAAUCGCGUCUCAGUACCAAGUUUCAACGGAGCUUUUGCGCAUGCUCAAAUCCGUCUGAAACCGAGUUUGACCAUCCCCAACAGCAGUGUUUUCACAUCUACAUACUCAAACAGCCCUGGACUCAUCCUCCACUUAGCUGCCAUUGCUGAGCGUGGCGAUGGUGAGUUUGAGGCGGCCGAAUGUGUAUUCAGCUGGGUGGUGGCUACAUGGGGUUUCAACACCUAUAACGUGACCAGCCUGUCGUUUGACCAGGGUAGCAACACAGACUAUCACAACGUAACGCCUAAUCCAGCUACGAAUCGGGACAAGGAUAUAAUCAUUCAUGCUCCUUGCAACACCGGACACAACAUUACUAGCGAGGAAGACCCAGGCGGUAUGAAAUGCUCGUAUACUGUCACGAACCAUGCACACGAGGGACUGCGAAAUUUCCUAGCAAAUGCCCUCCGAGGGUUCACGUACCGAGAAAAUUCAAAGACUCACACCAUAUUUCGGUCAGACAACACAAUCUUCAAUAUCUUUCGGUCAUCAUGGCAACUAAGCUUCAAAGACCCAGGUGCGCAGACCGCCUUAAAUACGACAAUGGGUAUCUAUGCUCGCCAGAUUGCCUUCGGAAUUGGUGCUGCUGUAAGAGCCUUAUCCAAUGACACAGUGUCUGGGCAAGUCGAGCAGGAGGACCAAAUUUUCAAGAUCAACAAAGGCUAUGUAGCUUAUCCAGGGUGUUUGCUAGGCCUGACUAUUUACCUCCUCUUCUAUUCCAUGUGGCGGACGAAGGGUGGACCCACUUGGAAGACUUCCUUGCUUCCCUUCUUGUAUCAUGGCUUCGAACUUCCGGCCACCGAGCCAGGCUAUCAUUGCCGGAACCUGGCAUGGAUGGAGGAAGCAAGCAAGCAUAAGCAAGUAGUCCUGCGGGACGAUGGCGACGGGUUAGGUCUUAAGCUGAGAAACUCUUAG